CGCAGUGGUAACACGAGCGAGAGGGUAGUUGCACGCGCCUGCCUUCGAAAGGAAAGAUCGCGGUAAGGGGGAGAGAGCAAGAGAGAACGCAAGUGAGCGGACAAGAUAAAGAGAGAAAAAGGAACGAAAGAGAGAGCGCGGCGCCCCUUGCCUCCGUUUUCAGUGCUUCAGUCGCGCGACGACGCUCUCGGACGCUUCAGUCAGUCGGUCGGUGACGAACCUCCCAAACGUGAUACACGCGCCGUUACGUUACGUUACGUUAGGUCGUUCCGUCGAAGGGGAGAACGAGAGCGAACGAAACGGGGAGAGAAAUACCGAAAGGAGUAGACGAACGAACGAAAUAACAUUGUAUCGGUAAAAAACAGAUACGCGAACAAAAAAGAAAUAAAAAAAGAAACACGAACAUCGCGAGCGACGAUUUUGACGGCUGCAAGUCGCGCUCUUAAAUAACACGAACCUCAAACGAACACACAGUUCCAACCAGUGCGAAUAUCGAGAAGGCCACUUUCGUAGCACGGCUUUUGCACGCGGUGAAAGAAAGCGCGCGAGUGAGAGAGACUGAACGACGAGAAAAAGACGUGCUGAUUGUGGACACGAGAUUACGACGAGUAGUAGCCCACACGUUUCCAGUGUACGAAUAACACUCACGCUGUGCGUUGCUCGUACACGCGCACGGCACAGAGGACCCGGACGAAAAAGGAAGAAGACAAAGAAAACGAUCACCGGCGAGGCGACGAUUUUAUUUUUGUACGGUGCAUCGUUGUUUUUCCUACGAACAUUAAACGCUUCGUGACCGCGUACGGGAGAAGAGUAGAUCGCCCGAUUUUCUUGGUGUAGCAGCCACUAUAGUCCUCGUCCUAAAUAAUACAGUGUGUGUAGUGUGCACGCGCGCGCGCGCUUAUGUUUCGUUGUUUUUCGAUCGUUUCAAGUUAGGCUCUGUCUACGUAGAACCCGUCUCCGAUCAACAUCAUUCGGCCAUUACUCUACAAUUCAACUCAUAGUAAAGUAUUACAGAGAGAAGGAAUUAGGGAAAGAAGGGAAAGACACGGGCUGUGAAGAAAGAACUGAAACUAUAUCAUAAUCGAAAUAGUGAAAAGUCGGUGAAUAAAGAAACUGUGAUUUAUACUAUCUGUGCGAACGUAUCAACGUACGAUUGACUUCACCGGUGCGACACAACGCGAUUAUUUUAGUCGAGCAACAUGCCAACAAGUUUGUUCAGCGAAAUGGAUCGUGGGGCGAAUGGCGGUGGCACCGCUUCCCUCGAGGACCAACGAGCCCUGCAAUUGGCAUUAGAGUUAUCUAUGCUCGGUCUCGAGGGUACUCCCGGAUGCCCGGGCACUGGCACAGGAACCGGCACUGGAACGACUAACGAUCCGGAUCCUUUGCAAACAACACCAGCAGGCGUUUUCGAGGAAGCACGCUCUAAGAAAAGUCAGAAUAUGACCGAAUGCGUACCGGUACCUAGCAGCGAGCACGUGGCAGAGAUCGUCGGCCGACAAGGUUGUAAAAUCAAAGCACUGCGAGCGAAGACCAACACUUACAUCAAGACGCCAGUGCGUGGCGAGGAGCCGGUGUUCGUGGUAACUGGACGUAAGGAGGAUGUGGCGCGUGCAAAGCGCGAGAUCCUGUCAGCCGCGGAGCAUUUCUCCCAGAUCCGCGCGUCGCGCAAGAGCUCGUUGGGCGCGUUGUUGGGCGCACCUCCUGGACCACCAGCGUCCGUACCAGGCCACGUGACGAUUCAGGUACGAGUCCCGUACAGAGUAGUGGGCCUGGUGGUAGGACCGAAAGGCGCGACCAUCAAGAGAAUCCAGCAUCAAACGCAUACCUACAUAGUGACACCCAGUCGUGACAAGGAGCCUGUGUUCGAGGUGACCGGACUACCCGAAAGCGUGGAGGCUGCGAGACGCGAGAUCGAGGCACACAUAGCACUUAGAACCGGCACAGGAGCGACCCUCGACGAUUCGGAACUGCUAAGCGUGCUCUGUCGCGGUGGCUUGGGCUCGAUCCUUGGUUGCCUCGAUCCACCAGGCUCGAACGGUUCGAACGGAUCAAGUGGAGCAUUUUCCAGCAGCGGAAGUUGCAGCAGCUCGUCCAGUAGUUCCGGUGCACCUGGAAUAAACGAUCUGGUGGCGAUUUGGGGAGCCGGCAUGGAAAGGGACGAAGGACUAGGCGAGUCGCCAUCGUUCGAGUCCCAGACAGCGUCCGCCUCUUCGAUUUGGUCGUUCCCAGGCGUUGCGUUACCCUCGAGGCCAUCACCGCCGGCAUCAGCGAGUCCGACGUCACCCACGGAUUCACUGUUGGGUGGUGGACGACGGGAAUGCGUGGUGUGCGGCGAUAAGGAGGUCACCGCUGCUCUCGUACCAUGCGGACACAAUCAUUUCUGCCUGGACUGCGGCAACCGGGUCUGCGAGAGUUCGGAUCCUAGUUGCCCCAUCUGCUCCAGGCCUGUCUUACAGGCGCUUCGCAUCUUCUCUUAAACACCGGUCAAAGCCAGCAGAGAUCCUACAGGCUCUUGGUACAGCGGCUGUAACAUCGAUUCUCAUCAUUAACAAUCAUCUGCUUUUCAAAUUUUGGCGGCUCAUCCAGGAACGACGGCGCUGGAGAACGCCCACCCCGAAUUUUUCCAUAUAUUAAAAGCCUCGUGUUCCCCCGUUCGUUACGACUACAGCCGUGAGAUUCCACGGCGACAACGGGGGAGCGGACGCGCACAAUGUCUCAAUUCCACUGCUGCCAAUAAUCUCUUCUACGCGCCGGGAAUGCCCUGAUAUAAAUGCUAACUUGUCGCGUCGUUCCCGCCGACCGAAUACAACGAAGUCAGCUUUUAAGUUCUACAAGAAUAUAUAGAACGAGAGAGAGGGAGAGAAAGAGAGGUUAAAAAGAAAGAUAACAUACUCGCUCAUUCAUUGUCAUCGUUUUCAUACUUUUACCCUUGGUAUAUAACGUAAAGUGUAGUAGAUAUCCUGGCUCGCAGGUUUAUGCACAAGAUCAACACGUCGAAUGAAUGGCGUCGGAGCUGACGCGUGAUUGAGAGCAAUGAGUGACACACUCGGUUCUCUGUGUUCGUACCAUGGUGGAUGUCACAUGUUUCUGUUACGUAAAAGAAGGACGAUUCGUUUGGCUUUGCCGCUUAUGGGGUUGCCUUCGAACUAUCGGGAAAAAGUUUGACGCGCACGGUUCAAUACCUUCGUAGUAACGAGACUGUUGACCACCGAGAUGUUACUUCGCUCGGAUAAAAUACGAAUUAGUAUUGAAGGUAGUGCGUUUCAUAUCGAUUGCAAUAACAUUCCAUUCGCUGAUUGUAUUCACGUCACGGUAUAUUCUCGUAUUUUUCUACAAAUUCUUUUCGAAUCGAAGGCAGUCUAGAUAAUGGAAUGGAACGAAUUAAUCGAAUCAAUCGAAUCUCCAUCGACAACGUUUUAAUUAGCGUAGACGUUAUUUUUUUAUAUAAUUGACAAUCCACGAACGAGAGUCAGCACUCUUCGAUAACACGUGCGAGAAUAAAACAUUCAUAGUCUUUGAAUAUUUUUGUAUGUUGUCCUUCUUUCACGUAUCGAUGCACGGAACGAUUGAAACCGUAAUUGCCAUUGCAUUAUUCUCCGCGAAACAUUAUGAAACACUAUAUCAAAGGUGCUUGCAAACACUGAGAAAUAAAGUUUUUACGAAUUCUAUAUUUUUAUUUAGGAAGCGUACCAAUCGUCGUAAACGUCCUAUUUAUCGUUCUGAACGUUUUAUGGAAAUUACGAGUUUCGAUUUCCAUCAGCCAUGAUUUGGCUUUUGAAUAGCCAAAAGCGCAGUUGCGGUGGUGUACAUUCGCUCUCUCGAUCGUUACGCUCUUCGCGUCUUUUGCGAUCACGUGACUCCCAGUUCAAAGAUGGAGACGUAAAAACAGCUGAUAAUAUAAAAACGAGAUAAUUUUGAAAAAAAGGUGCGUAUGAAGAUCCUUUAUUGUUAUUCUUCCUUAUAACUAAACGAACAGGCAAUGUGAAUCUCAGAGAACAUGUUAAAAAUGCUUUUGUAUGUUUUGUAAAAGUUUCCAUGAUGAAUUGAGUAUAGUUUGUCGCGUGGUUGCAAGGUGUGUUUGGUGGUAAUCAAUCAAACGAUUUAAAUCGAGUGUCAAAAUGAGAAGCGAUAUAGAGGAUGGUCGUGCAUCUUUCGAUAGUUCAGCUUUCGAAGUUUCUCCGCUAAUAAUUUAUAGGAUUAAUCGAGCAAUCGUAACAAAUGAAAUAUCCUUGAAAUAUUUAUUAUCUCGUCGCUGCUCUCAUCUCAUGACAAGUGAAAACUUUUCACGAAAGCGACUCUAUCGGUAGAUGUAUCGACACACGAUGGACUUUCGAGACCUGCGAGCUCGUCGUACAUAAUCGCAGCGAACGAUCACCGAAAAAAAAUUGCCCAUAUUUGACGUAACUUAUAACCUAGUACACGCUCACUCAUACCUAUACAUACACAUUACACGUACACAUAUUACAGACAUACAGCCGAUCUCAUCAUUAUAUAUAACAAGCACACGUCGCACCAGAGAAGAAAGAUUUAAAAAAAAAAGAAUAUACAGGGUGAGUGGUCACGUGUCCCUCGAUUUGCCGCAAAAUUACUUAGAUGAUAGUAUUAUUAAAAACGGCGUGCCCGUCCCACCCAGGUUCCCUCGCUACUAGAGUAUUAUAUCUUACAUUUAUAUAAGCGAAAUAGCAAUUCAAAUAAUAAUAAUAAUAAUAAUAAUAAUAAUAAUAAUAAUAAUAAUAAUAAUAAUAAUAAUAAUAAUAUAUUAUAAAUAUAAAAAGCAUAAAUAAAUAUAUAAUAUAUAUAUAUAUUAUAUAUAUAUAUAUAUAUAUAUGUAUAAUGUCAGGAAAGAAAAGGCUGACAAGUAAGAAGGAUGAUAUUUUAUCGAGGAGAUUUAGAUUUUGUAUUUUUCGCGCGUUUCGUCGACGGGACCUACGGGUGGUCGGGGACAGCUACACACGCCGGGUGACAAAAUAUAUGAAAAUUAUUAUUAAGAGUUCUAUAAAAAAAAAGAAAAUAAAAAAAAGCGAAGGCAAAAAAAGAAACAAACUAAAAAAAAAAAAAAAAAAAUCGAGAAAUAGAGAAAAAGGAGACACUGCUUAAAGGUAAACAAAAUGUUUUAAGAUUAUACGGUGCAUCGCGGGAACGCGUGAGCCAACUUCUCCCUGAUUGCUGAAAGGAACGAGAACAAGGGAAAAAAAAAAAGAAAGGAGAAAAAAAAAAUAACGCCGUCGGUCGAUUCCCAGGAGAGUAUUCUUCGAAUCCUAAGGAAUAAUCCGAGUAACAAUUUGCACUGCAAAAGGGAACUAAACUGAUGUAUCUUUCGUUGUGGGGAUCGAUGACCCGUGUAUAUUUAGCUUUUCUUUCGACAAGUCGUGAUUAUAUUAUUACAUAUUGUAUUAUUCUAUCGCAUGGAUAUAUAUAUCAGAUGCUAUUAGUAUGUGUCAUUCUACUAGAGGAAGGACGAACUUGCAUUUUUAGUUUUUCUAUUUCACGGUCUCUUUUCCUCAUUCUUCCUCGCGGACAUCCUCAUAAACGACUAUCGUGAUUUCUUGGAUAUGCCACCAGCGUGUGCGUUUGAGGCAAAGAAAUUGCGAUACUCGUCGUUCAACACGAACGAGAGGGUGGCCGGUACAUGUCUUUACGUCCCGCUGUGUUGCAGUUCACUUCCUUCCUUUUUUUUCUUCUUCUUUCAGCGAGAAACAGUGUUACUCGUUGUUUGUUCGCGUAAUCGUACUUCAGAAGGGAAAGAAAGCUGGACGAACGGUUUCUAUCGGCUGAAGAACGCGAUGUACGCGUUGGCCCGCUUCUUUUUUCUUUUUUUCCGAUAUUAAGAGUAGAAAAAAGCCGAGGGACGAAACUACUUCCCCUUUUUUGACUCCUAUUUUAUAUUUAUGCUGACUUCGAUGUCGAGUACUAUCGCCCGUUCUACUUUCCUCUAGCUCUUUCACAUUCACGUGAUUCUUCCUCGUUGUCUGUUACUGGAACUGCUGUACGAAGCUGUUCCUCUCCUUUCGUUUUCUGUUUUCCUUCUAUCUUCAAAUCGUCGAAAACUUCUUGUCAAUCGUUGCCAUUUUUAAACGAAAAUAUGCUCAAGGCGCAGCUCCGAACAAGUCGAGGUAUAUUAUUAAUACAUAUUACACAUAAAAUAUAUAUAUAUAUAUAUAUUAUAUAUAAUAUACGUCAUCCAAUGUUGUCGGAUGUUCAAAUAGAAAGAGGAUAUUUUUUCGGUCGUUCGAGCUGCAGCUCUGUAUAGCGGGUGCCUCGGUAGUUUCUCAGCUGGACCCACCCCCCUUCGUUUUUUAUUUUAUAAUAUUAAUUAUUAUUAUUUUUAUUUUGUAAUGUCUUUUUUUAAUCGUUCAGCAGAUGUCUUUGUUCACUAUGUGUUUUGUUUUGAACGACCCCGUCCUAGCAAACCCUGAUGCCCAAAAACCACCCCCUUUACCCGUGUCAUUCUUUUCGUACGACAGGAAACAAUAAACAAGAGAAAACUCUUCCUUCUUAUCAAAAAAAGAAACGCGUUCUCUUCGCGAGCUACCCGUUAUUCGAAAUAGACACAAGCAUUAGGUACACACUUUCACACGGGCAUACAUACUCCCUCCCGAAUCCCUACGAACAAGUUCACACUUAGCUUUUAUACAGGAUCGCGCUACAUUUUAGCGCCAAUGUAUAUUAGAUAUGUAUGUACAAUAUUAUUAUUUGUUGCUCCGCAGGACAUCACUCAUCCUGUCACAUAUGAAUGACAAGUUCACGCGUAGACGCAUGAAAUCCUUCUAAAUGUACGUUUACACACAUCCAUACACUUGUACACAUGUACAUACACGUUCAAAAAACAUACACACACGUGAACGUAAUCUAACACGCACUAAUACACAUAUAAACACACAUAUAACACACAUAGAUCAAACACGCGCGAAAAAUAAAGUCUUAUAUAUAUACACACAUAUGUAUAUAUAUUAUAUAUAUAUAUAUACAUAUAUAUAGAAGCAUUAUAUGUAUACAUAUGUAUAUUAUAAUCGACACUCGAGAGAGAGAAAGGGAGAGAGAGAGGUUUAUUAUAUUUAAGUUCGAGGCAAAUAAAUUCUAUAUUUUUUCUAUGUUAAGUAUAAAUUAGAGAGAUUGUGAGAAUGAAUGAGAAGAAUGAAUGGUAAUGGCAAGAGAAAACGAAAAGAAGUGUAAAAGAUAUGGUGAUGACAUAAACAUAUAUUAUAUUAUAUUAUUAUAUUAUAUAUUAUAUAUUAUUAUUAUUAUUAUUAUAUUAUAUUAUAUUAUUAUAUUAUAUUCUAUAUAUAUACAUAUAAACUAUAUUUAUAGGUACUCUCUUUAGCAUCUACGUUCGGAUAUAUGGGGACGUCGUCGCGCAGAGUAUAAUAUAAAGGAACAAAAAACGAAAAAGAUGGUGAAAAUAGAGAAAGACGGUCGGCGUGCUUGUACAUGCAUACGUAGAUCAUGUCAGAUAAACUGUCAUUAACUUCGCUGCAUAAAGUCUGAUCUGAUUCUCGCAGUUCGAGAUCUGAAAAAGGGGUGAGAAUGGGUGAAGGGGAAGGGAAAGCACGAGAGAAAAAGUAAAAAAGGGAAAGAAAAUGAACGCGAAAAAGAUACAGGCGCGAGUUUUCGCUCUUCUUGCGUUUUUUCUUGUUUCUUCUUCUUUGACGGAAUUUUCGAAUAUCGCGCCGCAGUUCUUGUCGCGCGCUAGAGAAAAGACGGGGACUAUCGACGAUCGCGGAACGGACGGACGAGAAUACGUCGCUGGACUCUGUGUGGUUGUGUUGGUAUUUGCUCGGCAAAACUGCUGGUACUUGCUCGAACGUGGAGAAAGAACGGGUGAAACCGAAAACGUCUCGUGAGAUAAAUCGAGAGAUGACAAGGGUGGUGGAAAGGAAUAACAGUGGGUGGUUGCCAAAAUUCGAAGCGCGUCUCGUUGUACUCGCGAAACAACCUCGACGUGCGUCAAAACGAAGUGUCUGCAUGAAAAGUGCAGUAGAAUUAAAGCAAUUUGUCAACGAUAAUAUCCAUAGCCGUGGCUCCCUUCGAGGCGCGUGUUCGACGGCGUCGAUGUGCAGCGAAACUCGGUUCACUCAGGGCCGUCUUCCCAAUGUACCACGAAUGAUCCACUGGGAAAGUCGCGGUUUAAUACGUAUAACUGACAGAGGUAGCCUUGCUGACCGCACGUAGAUCGCGCCCACGCUCGCCGUUACGCAGUCUUCCCUUCUCCCGACGCGCGAUUCCGGAAGACGAUACAGCUCUGUGUGUUUAGUGUGCCGGGUUCCGUGGCAAGAUUAUCACGAACAAAAGAGUAACAAUUUGUCGAGAACCUCCGCUAGACUUUAGGACGACUACUGCUAGAUAACACUUAACCGAUUCACCGACGCGUCAGGCAGCCUUCACUUUGGCCGAGGUUCCGACAUAUCGCGGCAGAGUCGGCGUCAUCGUUCCUCACGAUCGUCAUCUUCGUCAGUUAGGUCACUGCACGUGUGACGUGCGCUGCUUUGCAACGUUCACGGCGCACGCGUACACGUUGUUUCGUGUUCUCGCUCCAAUUUCGCACUUAUUACCCACCGAUAACGCCGUCGCGACCAUCGCUGUCUCGACUUUCGUUCGUUUCAGCGGACGAACAAGCAUCGUUCGUGGCAAUGCGUUCGCCAUCAUCUCCAGCCACUUUUGCUAACGUCCGUCGAGUCGAUCCAAAGUUAGAGCAGAAGGGAUCGCGACGAGUCGAUUCGUUCUUCCGUUGCGUCGAGCCGCGUGCUAAGGGUGACGAUUGCUGUUUUUGUUCUCAAGAAGACAACUUUUCGCUAAUCGAGGUUGUGCGUUAAUCUUCCUCCUUGACCGUGUACCAUCGAUUAUAGAGUAUCGAUCAGACGCUAGACCAGAAGGGUAGCGAGAUUUGCAGUGCCAUACGUGAAUCAAAAGUUGUUCGCUAUGUUCUUCUACCAAUAAAUGUCGAUUUCGACUAGCUGCUAUGUUGUUCUACGAUGGCAAGGUUAGUUUAGCGACGGUGUUCAUUCUUAUCCGGGCAUUUUUUUCCACGCGAUUCACCCACCGCACGCGCCAAUCAAUCGUUUCUUCGAUGAGUCGUUCAGCAGGAGGAGAGACCGCCCGAUCUUCUUAUUAAUUGGUUGAAGUGGAAUAGUUUGGAAGCAGAAUGAUGGAAAUGAUCGCGUAGAAUUUUUCCGGGGUGUUCUUUAUCCGCGAGACGCGGAACACGGACGUUGUCUGGCCCCGCAGUUCCUUUUUCACUUAACGUUCAAUCGUUUUCAGUGAUAUUAGUCAAUGAUGUGUCAGACGGACAAAGUAUUAUACACUUGCGGCUUAAUUAUGUUUCCCUGUUUAUGUUUCUAAUUCGACUUUACCUCUAUUUUACGCAUUUCUAAAUUGUUUAUGCGGUUUUGAAAAAAUUAUUAUAAGUAAAUUACGUAAAUGCCAUUAAAAGAGUGAUAUAUAUAUACAGUAUAUAUUUUUUUAUAAAUAUCGCAUGUGAUGUGUUAUUUUAUUGUUAUUUAUUCUGUUCUUCGUUGUUUUAUGUGGAGCUAAUGAAAUAUUAUUUUUUUAUCGAGUUAACAAACGGAAAAUACGGCGAAAUUUAUUAAAAUCGAAAUGGAACAUUAUUAAUUGUUUUGUUAAAUGUAUUCUUAAAAAUCUCGUUUACUUCAUACGAUUUUUCUUUGCUUUACUUCUUUUUCGCGAAUAAAAACGUCUAAUCGCGACGUUGCAUAAUCUCUCGCGGACCAAUCAUCGUAUGAUCUCAGUUGCUGUUUUUCGACUUCGCGACCGACAGUUUACGAUCGUCCCGGGGCGCCGCUUUCCUUCUAUGGAAGUGGUUUUAUCAGAUCGAUACAACGCGACCAGUCUGACACAUUUCAUCGGCACCAAAUCCUGAUGGAUCACGGACAGAGACACAUUCAGGAAUAUCAAACUUGUCGGUGGAUCGUUGCUCGCGGUGUGUAUCUCUCGUUCAAAGGCGAAUUACGCGACCAUUUCACGAUUUACAACCUUCUUGCUUCCCGUAGAAAUCGAUAAAGCAGGAAAUCGUGGCGUUGUCCCUUCGAACGCAACGCUGGUAAACCCUCGUAGCGACUUCGCCGCGAUUUGAGUGACAGGGCAUGCUGUGUAUUCUUUGUAGCGCGUUCUUUGUAGGAGGCAUUUACCGCGUUUUAACGUAACGAGUAAUAAAAUGUCGUCUAAGGUUAACUAAUAUCGUAAUAAUCGUAUUAAAGCGUAACGUAUAAUGAUUAUUGAUAUAGCCAUUGGCUGUGACCGAUAACUGCCAUUUUCGUAAAAAAAAAGAAAAAAAAAAGAAACAAAGACGAGAGAAAUAAGACGGGAAGUUGUUUUAGACGGGUCUGCGAACACAGACGUCGGCGAUAUCACUGUCGCCGCGUCGUGAGAAUACCAGUACUGUGCGCGGACACGUGCUCACACCAUACACACGCACACACACACACGCACGAACACAUCUACAUGUACGAACACACACGAACACGUUAAUGAAACGGAUACACGCGAUUGGGUCGCCAUGUCGAGAAAAACGCGAGAAUUUCGGUUUCGAGAAAUGGGACGACGAAAAAACCGGGGGGGAUUUGGUGAAACGAUAACGGAGGACGAUAUGACGAUGGUGAAAAUGAGAUACGAGAACUACUAGGAAGGAUCCGGAAUCGUCGGUUUUUCCUGAAGUUGUAGCGAUCAAAGGAGAAUUUCGGUGCGAGAUAGGAAAACAGCUCUGGCACGAUAGAGACGCUUUCAAAAAGAUGGUUGUUCAACGGAAUAAGGUUCGAAUUGACGCGGAGAAAGGGUGAAACGACGCGAGUAUCGAGCAAUUGCGAGAGAGAGAGAGAGAGAGAGAGAGAGAGAGAGAGAAAGAGAACACGUACACCCACACGACGAUACAUAUCUCAAAGAAUAAUAACUAAACGUAAGGGAGAUUAAAUAAACGUUAAUAGAUGACGGAGUAAUAAGGAGAAAGAAAAACUUUGAUGAAGAUGGAUGAAAACGGAUUAUAAAUUAAUUAUAGGUAUAUCGAGACGUAUAUAUAUAUAUAUAUAUAAAUAUAUAUAUAUAUAUAUAUAUAUUAUAGAAACAGAGAGAAAGAGAAUGAAAGAAAGAGAGAGAGAAAGAAAAAUAGAUGAUCGUUGUUGCUUAAUUUGUCCGUAUUUACUAUAUUAUUAUAUUCUAUUAAAUAGCUAUAUAUUUGAUUAUUAAUUAUUAUUAAUUAUAUUAUUAAUAUUAUUAUCAUUGAAAUCAUUAUUAUUAUUAGUCUAUAUAUAGUAUGUAUGCAUAUAUUUCAUAUCAAUUUCUGUGCAUAGCGCAUAGCGCUAGCAUAGCGAUUCGCUGGAUCGGUUUAAAGCUUGGCACGGAAUUAUAUUUUUUGUUUGCCGUUCAGUUGAAACGCUGUUUAAAGAUUGUUUUAUCCCUUUAGAACGACUGCUAUCGAUCAAUCGCAGCCGACAGAGAUUCUACUCUCAGUUAUAUAACGAACUGAAUUUUUCCUCGCGGAAAUCAAACUUCGUUGCUGCGACACUUUCUUCUUCUAUUUUCCUUUAUAUUCUUCUAUUGCGUUCUAAAAUGGGGUUAUUGCCUUGUUUUCGAUCGUUCUCUAUCUUUUUCACCUCCUUUCGUGCGCUGUGCAAGCAUCGAUCAACGAUGGAUAGUGAUUGGAUAUGAGUGAGAUCGUUCGAAUAUAUCUAAUAUAUUAUAUAUAUAUUAUGUAUUAUAGAUACUAUAUACACGCGUUUGUAUUAUCGCGGAGAGAAAAAGAAACAGAAGGCAUGCACGUUCGAGGAUACGAAGACGCGCAGCUCACUGUAUUAUUCUAUAUGGAUCGAUAUAAAUGGCGCGGUAGUACGUCGAUCAUAUCGAACUCAAGUUCUCGAACGUGCCACCGCACAAUUACUUACUCGAACUACUUACUCGUCUACUUAAUUGUCGCAAAGGACGAACGAAAGCGUAGCUGUGCUCAGUUUACUGCGUUCGCAAUCGUUGCACGCGCGCAUCACCGUCGAUCCAUCGAGAUAUCACGUAGCGAGCGUAGCCAUUUCAGUUUCCUCAGCGACUCCGUUCGUCUUGCGUUCAUGUCAAAUCUGUUUACGCGCGUUUGCACAAAUUAUAAUUUAUUUUUGUUACCGUAUGUACUGCGCUGCGAGUAAAGGAAAUAAUUGUUAUACGUAAAGGUUAGAUUCAGUGGUAGAUUAGAGAGUGUUCGUUUAUUCUCAGUGAGUCUUGUCCAAUAUGAAUAAAUUUAAGUUGGUCAAUUUGCUACAAGUUGAUAUUGUUGCGAACUAUGGCCACGAAGUUAUUGAAGAUGUCAUAUGGAAGCUAGAUCAAAUAGGAUAUAGUCACGUAAUUAUAAUGUGAACGAAUUAUGUUCUUCAGAAACGGACAGAUACAAAGAAUAAUCACUGAGCUUUGCAAUUAUCUGUCGGUAAAGGAAAGAUAAACGAAGGAUGAAGAAUAACGAACACACGUAAACAGAUUCAGAUUGGCGCAAAGACAAUCGAACGAGGACGAUCGCGAGGGAAUGUCGAAAGGGUUAAACAUGGUGAAACAGGAAAACAUUGUGAAUUCUAGAAACAAUGAUUCUUCGAUGGAUCGUCGAAAUCUCGUGCAUAUCGAUCCUCGUUCUUUUCGACUUUUAUUUUGUUCGUUUGUGUUCCUAUAUAUGUAAUCUCAAGUUUUCUUAUAUUAAUUUUUUAUCCUCGUCUACCUUUUCAUUUUAUAAUCUCUAUGUCUUAAGGAAAACUAUUUUUUGUUUUAGACAUGAUUUAUUUAAAACUAGUUUUAAGAACAAUGAAAGAGAGAACGCUUGUGUGUUCGCGAGAAAACAAGGGCGCGCAGUUUACAUGUAGAUGCAACGAGUUACAAUACGGCUUUCCUUUCUUCGUCAGAGGGAGGGGCGUUUUUUUAGGCAAUAGGGGUGUGCGUGUGCAUCAAUGGCGUGCGUGUGAUCAUUUGAGGAAGGAUUUCCUCGUGAACGCGACGCGAUCCGAGGGUGGCAACCGCUCCAAAAACUAGAGAAUCAGUAUUUCAAAAAUCUCUAUAGUAUAUAUAUAAAUGUAAAUGUAUAUUGUAAUAUUAAUAUUAUAUUAUUAAGACCAGUAUCGUGUGUAACGUUGAAACUCAGUAUGUUUCCUCGUUAACUAGAGAGAAAUCGAGGUAAAACCGAAAGGGUUGCGAAAACGCGUGUCGAGAAUGAAAAUCGAUAUACGAGACUGCGGCGAAGCGCGAAGAGAAUAAGAUUGCGACGUAUUACCUGUAAUAAUAUUUUAUCUUUUUUUUUUUCUACUGACAGACCGAAAAGACAGGCGACAAAAGGCGGAUGAAAUUGAAUUAAUGUACGGAGAAAAAGAGGAUUACCGUAAAAUUACGACGUAGAAUUAUAUCUGUAGGUGGAAUAGGGUGGGAAGUAAGACGGGGGUGGGUUUGUUAAAAGCAAAAAGAGAAGAAAGUAAUUAACUACCGAAACGAAUCUGAAACUCAUUGAAAAAAAGAAGAAUAUUUUCCAGUGAUCGUAUUGCUGAGAUGCAUGUGAACGUAUAGCGCACUACCAUAGUAGUCCUAUUAUUACGAUUACGAUAUACAUAUUAUCUAUAUAUUAUAGAUUAUAUAUAUUGAAUGUUGUGCUUAGUAUUCUUUCGAGAUCCCCUGCGAGGCGACGAGCAAGGGAAAAAGGGAGAGAGAUAAAGAAGUAAAAAGAUAAAAGUCGAUUACUCAAACAAGAAUCUUAAUAUAUGUAGCGAAAAGUAUUUUAUAUCCGAUAUUUUAUUAACGUCACUAUAUUUAUCAGCAUUAUUAUUAUUAUUAUUAUUAUUACUAUUAUUAUUAUUAUUAUUAUUAUUAUUACUAUUACUAUUAUUAUCAUGAUCAUUAUAAUAAUUAUUAUUAUUAUUAAUAUGAUAUUCAACUAUCGAUAUAUAAUAUCUAUUCUUAAUUAGAGAAAUGAGAAAUUAAAUCGAAAAAAUCGUGUAUUUUCGUCGGGCACUGGAGAGCGUGAAAGUGCUACCGGCUUGGCCAGACUGUGUCAGAUGGACUUGGUGAUUAUAUUUUCGAAAUCUUUUCUUCACCGGUGUCUCUGUUUAGCUCCGAUUGCGGUCAUAAACACGAUUUAGAGCUCGAGCAUCGAACAAUCCCUUGAAUGCGUGCACUCUGUUCUCGCGGUCUCUUUCUUAUACGAUAGUCUGUAUAUAUAGUCUGGUCCAGGUUUUCUGCCAGUCAGGUAAUCGAAACAGAAAAGAACUGAAAACCAAAAGUUCUCGGGAAACGAACGGGAAGAAGUGUCGCUCGCGUCUCCUGUCACGUUUUUACAUCCAACUUCCGGCUAUUCCGCCCUCUUUCCUCGUUUUUCCUGUACGUUGAUUGCAUCGGCCGCCCCCUUCCCGUUCUUCUUCGACCCUCGUGUCUCGUUCAGUUUCUUCAACGAAACUUCCUUGUUGCUCUUCGAAGGAUCCUUCAAAAUAGUAAGUUGUUGGAUUUUGAGCGAGGAAGUGACGAUUCUUCUGGUUCGUCGCACGAUACACACGUAUUCCUACCUCUGUAUCCUCUUCUCCUCGACUUCUUCGUGAUCCAGAUGGCGGCAUAUAGAUCUACUGUCUAAGCACCCGCGUUAGGAAGGAAAGGUACGAACUGUAGAGCGGAUAGAUAGAAAAGAAAGAGAAACGGUGGAAUCGCUUGCACCCUUCGAUGAUGAUGAGUCAUUCUGGGCAUUACGGUUUCGCGAGUCCAGAUGAUUUUCGGACAGACUCGCGUAUAUCAGAGAAAAAGAGAGUAAGGGGAUGGAGAAUAGGGAGGGAAUGGUUAAAGCAAGAUGCUUGGUGAAACGACGACGAAGCGUGUCGCGUAUUGACGGGCCACGGGAAUCGGUCGCCCCGCUCCGACGAUAGCUAUAAUUAAUCCCGUAACGACGUUAACCGAACCAGCAAUAAUCCAUUUGCGACUCGAUGCGCCGUGGCCGACGAGCGACGCGGAGGGGUCCGCUUCCGUCAGCAAGUUGCGAUCGAAACGAUCCGGCCAAAGCUGAUCGAACUGAUUCCCUCUGGUGGUCGCCCGUUUCUCCACAAAUUUACCGGCGUUUGCGUGUUCCGGUCGUCGUCGUCGUCGUCAUCAUCGUGCAACGUCAACGAUUGAUAUUACGAUACAAUAUGCCUGACCAUCCGCUACCGCCUACCAUCGUACCGAGAGCGAACUAUAUACACAUAACCGCAGGAUACACGACAUUAUAUCAUGUACAUCAUUAUAUGCAUAUACACACGUGUAACAUAUACACGGAUCUUACCAUACCGCAGCAUACCGAACCGUACUGAAAUAGAACGAAAACUCUAAAAAAUUAUUGUAUGUAAUAUCGGUAGUAUAUUAUAUCAAUAACGACCACCGCUAUUAUCCAUCGCGUAAUCUAAAGACAAAAUUGUAAACGUGUUUUCUUUUUUCGUAAUGAAGAGGGCUGAGAGUGAGACAGAGGGUGAGGUUCAUAACGAAAGCUAUUUUUGACAGCGUGCAAGGAUCGCAUGGAGAGGUAGAGGGGGAGAGGAAGGCUUUUUUGAAUGAAAGGGAACAAGGAAAUUAAUCUCCCGGGAAGAGUGUAUGUUUCUGCGAGUGAAACUGAAUGAAUGAAACAAAAAAAAAAUAUAUAUAUAUAUAAAUAUAUAAUAGAGAAGCUACGAGUUUAUUAUUUUCUAUAUUUUUUUAUGUAAUUUUACGGACAUGCGAUAAUAUAUUACUAUUAUUAUUAUUAUUAUUAUUAUUAUUAUUAUUAUUAUUAUUAAUUUUAUUAUUAUUAUUAAUAUUAUGAAUAUUUUAAUAUAUAAUAUGAUUUUCAUACAUCGUGUACUUAUGUUUUCUUUCCUGUGUUCUUCUCUGGUUGUUUAUAAACGCUUUGUGUUUGAUUGAUUAUCGUUGUAUCAACAUGAAAUAUAAAUAAAUUUGUCACAUUGAAAAAAGCAAAAUAAUUAGAAUUAUAAAACGAUCAAGACAUAAGAUAUUUAUAUAUGAAUAUAUUAUAUACAUAUAUACAUAUAUAAAAUGAUAUAUAUAUAUAUACACACAUAUAUAUAUAUAACCACGUAGUCGUUCAUAGAUAAUGUUUUCACUUGGUUCUCCCGCGUUGAUUCGUUGAUGAUGUGAUCAUUUUCUAUUAUUAUCUUUGUAAUAUCGCAAUCAAAUGGAGGAAGCGGAAAGUGACAUACAAAAAAAAGAGAAAGAAAAGAGGGAAAAAGCAAAAUCAAACACAUGUCAGACGCGACAACCUGACCAUCCUGUUUUUUAAUUAUUAAAGCAAAUAUAUUUUACAAUUAUUAAUAUAUCAUUACGAUUAUAAUUAUCAUUACUAUUAAGUUUAUCGCUAUCAUUACAAUAUAUAUAUUAUAUAUAUCAUUAUCAUCACCGAUAUUAUAUAGUUAUUAACUACGCAUACAAUUAUCAAUUAACGCCUGCGAUUAUUAAAACUAUCGAGUAACGAUUAUAAUUGUUCACGAUAAGGACACGGAUCCAAGCUACUUAUCGAAAUGCAUAUUUUAUCCCGUAAUAUAUUUUUAUCGGAUGAUUUUUUAUAUUUAUAUAAUAUAUAUACAUAUAUAUAAUAUAUAUUAUAUUAUUAUAUUGUGAAAAGAAAAAAGAAACAGGUAGAAAACGAAGCAUUUUUGAGAAAUAAUCUUGUAACACGGUGUCGCGAGUGCCCGGAGACGUUGGAUGUCGUAUUUUUUCAUAAUUUGCAUCGCGGACAUCCCCGUCGACUGCCAAUCCUACUUCCAAAAUUGUUUAUUUUUAUACGAUGCGAAUAGAAACUUGUGUUGAAGUAUUCUGUUCUUUUGAUUAGAACGUGAGUGGACACGUCGUGUGCUUUUCCUUUGUAUCAAAUUCGAUCUUGCGAAUGACGUCGGUUAUCCGCGAUCUCUUCGACAAGAGGGAGAAGAAGUAAGAGGAAAGAAUAAUAAAACGAAAUCGAUAUUUCUGUGGUCUAAAUGUAAGAAGUAAUUCCUACGAAGCGGUAUCCGAUAUUUUAUUAAACAAGAAAGGAGUAGGAAGGGUUCGAAAGUGAGAAAAAAAAAAGAAAGAAAGUACGAAACGAAGAAAGCAACACGUACACAUGCAUUACACCUACUGGAAACGAGUUUAAUAAAAUGUUACGUGAUUUUUAUACAUCGACUGUUAAUUUCUCAUUUUUUCUUUUCGUGUGAUUUGCGUUUCCCGAACCGUUCACGGUUGCAUUUCUCAUUUCUCCUUUCUCAUUCUUAUUUUCUGUCCAUAUUUAUCUUAUUUCUGCGUUUGAAAUCGUUUUUAAAUAAGUGCAUAGAAUUAAAUUGAACGUGGAAAUUCACGAUCACGAUAAUGUA